AUGAGUUUAUCUCAACAGAUAACAUUCAUAUUAUAUUCAUGUUUAGGUAAGUUAUUUUAAAAUCAAAUUGUAUUUAUAAAAUAUGAAGAAUUCGGCUAAAAAUUAUUAUUCUUUCAGCUUCAACUUUUGCAUCGACAGCAGAUGAAGUUGCAAAACAUUUAGACCUUGGUAGUAAAUUUUUGGCACGUGCACAAUUCGCCGAUGCUCUAACUCAAUAUCAUUCUGCCGUAGAACUUGAUCCAAAUAACUAUCAAGCAAUGUAUCGACGAGCAACAACUUAUCUCGCAAUGGGACGUGGAAAAUCAGCAGUCUCAGAUUUGGAACGAGUUUUGGAAUUGAAACCUGAUUUUGAUGGUGCACGUCUUCAACGAGCCAAUAUUUAUUUGAAGCAGGGAAAUUUAGAUUUAGCUGAUAAUGAUUAUAAUGUUGUUGUGAGUUUAUUACAAAACUUUUUUCAUUAUACAUGUAAAAAUUUGAAUUUGUGUUUCAGUUGAACCAUGAUUCAUCGAACGCCGAAGUUCAAGAAAAAACCGAGCUCAUUGAACAACAUCGACAAUAUUCGCAUCAAGUUAAAACAUCAUUUGCUAGUGGCGAUUGUCAAACCGCUGAAGAAUACAUCAAUCACAUGAUUGAGGUGAGCUUUUUUAAUUUUUUGAUAUUGUAGUGGGUAUUAUAGACAAAAAUUAUCUUAUAAAUUUUCAAAUCUGAAAAAAAAAACUAGAAAAAGUAUAGUUUUUGUUUCUCAAACUCCACACAUUUCAUUUCAAAAAAUGAAUGUUUUUCAGGUUCAAGUUUGGGACGCUUCAUUAUACCGAAUGCGUGCUAAAUGUCUCGAAGAACGUGGUGAACUCAAAAAAGCGAUUCAUGAUAUGAGAAUUGUAUCAAAAUUAACAACUGAUAGUACAGAUACAAUGUUUGAAACAUCUCAACUUUUGUAUAAAGUUGGAGAAUUGGAUGAUUCGUUGAAUGUUAUUCGUGAUUGUCUCAAACUCAAUCCAGAUCACAAAAAUUGUUAUCCAUUCUACAAAAAACUCCGAAAAGUUGUGAAAAUUCUCGAAAGUGCCAAAAAACGUAUCGAAAGUGAAGAUUGGAUGGGAUGUUUGGAAGAAGGACAAAAAGCUUUGAAAUUUGAUCCAACAUCGCCAGUUCAAUUGAAUGUUUUCCGAUUGACUUGUAAAUGUAAUCGUGAAGCUGGACAUAUUCAACAAGCAAUUACUGAAUGUACUGAAGUUUUAAAUGAAGAUCCAAGUGAUGCUGAUGUUUUGGUUGAAAGAGCUGAAGCUUAUUUGAUUGAAGAAGACUAUGAUGCAGGUUUGUAUAUACAUAUAGUUUGAAAAAUAAUCUUAUCAAACUAAUCUGGUUUUAAAAUUUUUUCUAUAAUAAUUUCUAAUCAAAAUAUAUUUCAGCGAUCGAAGAUUUGCAAAAAGCGACUGAAGUAAACCCGGAACAUCGAGGAGCGAAAGAAGGAUUGGAAAAUGCAAAACGACUGAAAACCCAAGCAGGAAAACGAGAUUAUUAUAAGAUUCUUGGUGUUAAAAGAAAUGCAAACAAAAGAGAGAUUGUGAAAGCUUAUAGAAAAUUGGCACAAAAAUGGCAUCCAGAUAACUUUGCAAAUGAUGAUGAGAAGAAAAAGGCUGAGAAAAAAUUCAUUGAUAUCGCAUCUGCUAAAGAAGUCUUGACUGAUGAAGGUAAACUUUUCAAUGAACUCUGAUUCACUCAACGAUUUUUUUCAGAGAAACGUCGUCAAUUCGAUCAAGGAAUCGAUCCACUUGAUGCCGAUGCUCAAAGAGGAGGAGGUGGUCACGGUUUCCCACACGGAUUCCAUCAUGGUUUCCACGGAUUCCAAGGUGGACAUUUCCAAGAUGACGGACCACACUCUUUCAAAUUCCACUUCGGAUAA